UGAAACAAUUUUUUUUUGUAGUUAAGUAUAUUAAUACUAUAACACACACACAAUGUCUCGAGGGUGGGAAAGCCAAGAUGAAAAAUCAUACUGGAUACCAGACUGUGAUAUUGAAGGAAAAAUUCCUCUCGAUAUUCAUGGAAGUUUAAUACGUAAUGGGCCAGGGAUUAAUGAAGUUUAUGGAAAAAAACUUAAGCAUCCUAUUGAUGGAGAUGGAAUGGUUUGCAAACUUACUCUAUAUGAUGAGAAAGUGCAUUUUCAUUCAAAGUUUGUCAGCUCUUUCCAUAGGAAAGCUGAAGCCAAAGAAAACACUUUUAUUUUUCCUGGUCAGAUGGGAACAAGAAUUCAUAGUAUAGCUGCAGAUACAUUAAAUGCAUUCAAAGCUGUUUUUUAUGGUUCAAAACCAAACUUAAAAUUUCGAAAUCCAUCAAAUACAAACUCUUUGUACUGGGGUGGAAAAGAUGGAAAGUAUCUUAAAGAUUAUCAAGAACUGGCUGAACUUACUUCGAUGGUACUAUCACCCACUGACAGAUUCAAACUUCACAAUCUUGGAGCUGUUCAUCAUGCUGGAUUUAUGGGUAAUAGUUUAUUUUACUUAAAACUAUUUCUACUCAUGGAAAGAAUUCCUGAAAUCAAUGAAGAGAGCAGGGAUGAAAUCACAGAAAUGACUCUAUUUUUUACACUGAGUGGUUUCUCAGAGCCGAGUUAAGUUCAGCUGCUCCGACAAGUACACUAUCUGAAUAGAAGUUUGAAAAAAAAUAUAUAAUUUUGAAUAAAUGCAUGAAAUAGGUAUAUUAUUUUUAUAAGUUAAACAUUGAUAAAUUUAAGCUUUAACUAUUAGGACAUGAAAGCAUUAUGGCAGAUGAAAAGAUUCGAGGAAUGGAGUAAAGCUGGCAUUGAAACUGUUUCUAAAUCCAUACAACGACAUACUUGGUACCUUGAUCCAUAUUUAGUUAUUUUAGCAAUUGCAGAUAAGAAAAUGGUGACAUAAUUAAGAGACUUAUUAGUUUGAAACGAGGUCCCAUAAAAGAAUAUUUCUUAAAAAGACAGGUGUUGGAUAAAGACACUCUAAUGAGUCUAAACUUUUCACAGGAUGAGCCUCCCAGUUUAGUUCAACUAAUUACAGAGAAGUCAUGGCUUGUGUUUGACAUGUUUAGUCAUGGAAAAGCUGAGAUUUAAUGGAUGAAGCUUCCUCCAGAGUAUUGGAUUUUAAAUGAUUUUUAUCAAGGUUUUGAAACAGCCGUUAUGAAUCUUGAUGUUGUGAAUAAUUGUUCAGAGAAAACAGUCAAGUUAGUUCAACAACUUGUUAACAAAGCCCAUUCUGAAGAGAAAAGACAAGAUAUAUUUCUUUUUACUCAUGUAUACAAGAGAAAUUGAAAUGGAAGAAAAAAGUUGGAUCAUACCGAAGCUGCACUAAAUAAUCUGAUAGCAAUAUAUGAAGGAUCACACUCUCUAUUUUCUGAAACCAUCUGCGUGCACUUCAAUUGCAGGAUAUAUGAUCGCCUAUGGAAUCAAUUAGAGUUAAUUGGAAAUGAGCAAGUUGUGCUGAUGUAGGAGUCACUACAUACUCUAUAUGUAGAUACAUUCAUAUGUAAAGAAAAAGAGAUAAAAGUAUAUGGUUGGCUAUAAUAUGGAAAGUUUAAAAAGUUAAAAUCCACAAAGCAUAAAGUAUAAAUAUGGAAUCUGGAAGCACUGAAAAAGCAUUGUAUUGAAUCUGGAUACUAUGUAGAGAGAAAAAUAGUAAAUAACACAAGAUACGAUCAUAAUGUUAAUAGACUACUGGUGUUGAUUCA